AUGGAUCUGAGAAUUUUCAACAAUCUUCCAGAAUCUCCACAAACUUGGGAACCCACGAACAGACCAACAAGACAGAACAACAACAAACGAAAGAGACAGAACAAGAACUGGAUCAAACCGUACAAGCAAUACUUGAGGCAUAGCAAUGGCUUCCUGUAUUUCUCGUUAGCCGUCGUUGCUCACUCUCUCUUCGUCGUUGGUCAGAUGGCUCAGGGUUACAUCCUAGCCGUUGAUCUGCAGAAUCCUGACAAGCUUCUAGACUCCCUCUUCCGAGCUCCAAUGUCGUUUUAUGACUCCACCCCUCUUGGUCGAAUACUUAGCCGGGUUUCUUCGGAUCUAAGCAUAGUGGACAUAGAAGUGGCGUUCAAAACGACGCUCGGAGUGGGACAAACGAUCAAUGCCUACUCGGGUUUCUUGAUCUUAGCUGUUCUCGCAUGGCAUGUUCUUCUUGUCAUCGUCCCCAUUAUCUACCUCUGUCUCCUCUUACAGAAUUACUACUACGCCUCUGCGAAAGAGCUGAUGAGAAUAGCCGGAACAACCAAAUCAACGGUGGCUAGUUACCUCGCGGAAUCAAUCUCGGGUGUAAUGACGAUCAGAGCGUUCGGACAAGAGAAUAGAUUCUUUCAGAAACAUCUAGAUCUCGUCGAUGCAAAUGCACGGCCCGAUUUUCACAAUUUUUCCGCCAACGAGUGGUUGAUCCAACGGCUUGAAUUGCUCUGCACCAUCGUCCUCUGUUCCUCCGCUCUCGCCAUGACCUUGCUUUCAUUCCCGGCCUCUUCCUCCGGUAUAAUCGGAAUGGCGAUGUCCUACGGCCCCUCCUUGAACGUUUUCUUGGUUUCGUCGGUCCAAUUGCAAUGUUUGUGA